GACCAGGUCAAGUUGACCUCUCCAAAACCCAAUACAGGCAUUUGUAUUGUCUUUCCUGAUUGCUCGACCGAUUAUUGACAUUUCCCGGCCUAUCAUUGCAGGAUAUAAAGGUACGGACUGAGGUGGUCGAGGUCACUUGGGAGGUGUUUGUCACGCGACUACAGGAGCUCGAGUCCCAACGACAAACGCACAUGUACACCUAUUCCAGAUUGUGUACUCGAACCUCUCCCCAUCUUAUGACGCAUCAGUAAUUGGGAGAUUCACACUAUCUAUAUCAUCAGUCACUGUCAUUGAACCAUGGCGACUACAAUUCAAAAAGAUCCCCGAAUCAGUGACCUGUCACUAACUGAACCCACGGGGAAUGGCUCAACCAGACAAAAAGCAUACUACUCACCGCCAUGGGCCGACCUCAGCAUUGUCGGUAUUGCUGGAUCAUCUGGGUCCGGCAAGACAAGUCUAGCAGUUGAAAUCGUUCAAUCUCUCAAUCUACCAUGGGUGAUCAUCCUCUCGAUCGAUUCAUUCUACAAAUCACUAACCCCGGAACAAAACGCGCUGGCGCACCAGAACGAAUGGGACCUGGACUCGCCGGAAUCAAUCGACUUUGAUCUCUUGGUGGAGAAACUGCAGGAGCUUAAACAAGGGAAACGAACCGAUAUACCGGUCUAUUCCUUCCAACAACAUCAGCGGCUCGAGAAGACCAUGUCGCUUUAUUCGCCGCAUGUGAUUAUUCUAGAGGGAAUCCUUGCACUGAAUGAUCCUCGCGUGCUGGAUUUACUGGAUAUGAAGAUCUUCGUCGAGGCUGAUCCGGAUGUAUGUCUAUCACGACGAAUUGUGCGUGAUGUGCGUGAACGAGGACGAACCAUUGAGGGGACGAUCAAACAGUGGUUUCGCUACGUGAAGCCAGUGUUCCAGCGAUACGUCGAUCCGCAGCGCGAAGUGGCUGAUUUGAUUGUGCCCCGUGGAAUGAUGAACACUAUGGCCAUUGAGAUGAUUGUCAACCAGAUCCGACAAACACUCAAGAAAAAAUCCAUUCGACAUAACGCCGAGUUGGAGAAAUUGGGUCGUCAGCUGGACGACGAGAAUGAUUUUACACUUUCGGAUAAUGCUAUCAUCAUCGCUAACGACGACGAUGAUAGUUCAAAACCUCAAAUCACCGCCAUUGCCACCAUUCUUCGAAACCCAGCUACUUCACAGGUUGAUUUCAUCUUCUACUUCGACCGCCUCACGGCUCUAUUGAUCGAGAAGGCCCUCGACUGUCAUAACUAUCUCCAAACCGAAAUCACCACGCCUCAAGGCCAUAAAUACAACGGGUUAAAAUCCGCUGGCACGGUUUCUGCAGUCGUCGUUCUACGAGGCGGCAGUUGUAUGGAAACGGGAUUGAAACGCACUAUUCCCGAUUGUCUGACGGGUCGGUUAUUAAUCCAGUCAAACCUGCGCACUGGAGAACCGGAACUACAUUAUCUGAAGUUAUUUCCUGAUAUUGCCCAGCAUCAAACUGUCAUGCUGCUCGAUCCACAGAUGUCUAGUGGUGGGGCGGCGUUGAUGGCAGUCAAGGUCUUGGUCGAUCAUGGUGUUUGUGAGAAGAGGAUCGUUUUUGUAACGUGUAUUGCCGGUCGGCGUGGUUUGAAGAGGUUGAUGACGGUGUUUCCCAAGAUUAAAGUUGUGGCUGCGAAGGUGGUGGAGGAUUAUGAGCAGAGGUGGGUUGAGGAGAGGUAUUUCGGGUGCUGAUAAGGGAAGUCCAUGUGUGUGGAAGAUGUGGGAUACUAUUAUCCUACUGGUGAGGUGGUAGGAUAUCACAAGACUAAACUAAACGACACGACUAUAUGGUAUCUGGUGUCAAUACUUAGAAUAGCA